AUGGCUGGCCCGCAGCAGCAGCCCCCUUACCUGCAUCUGGCCGAGCUGACGGCGUCCCAGUUCCUGGAGAUCUGGAAGCACUUUGACGCAGACGGAAAUGGAUAUAUUGAAGGUAAAGAGCUAGAAAACUUUUUUCAAGAGCUGGAGAAGGCAAGAAAAGGCUCUGGCAUGAUGUCGAAGAGUGACAACUUUGGGGAGAAGAUGAAGGAAUUCAUGCAGAAGUAUGAUAAGAACUCAGAUGGGAAAAUCGAGAUGGCAGAGCUGGCGCAGAUCCUGCCAACGGAAGAGAACUUCCUUCUGUGCUUCAGGCAGCACGUGGGCUCCAGCGCUGAGUUCAUGGAGGCUUGGCGGAAGUAUGACACAGACAGAAGUGGCUACAUCGAAGCCAACGAGCUCAAGGGAUUCCUCUCAGACCUGCUGAAGAAGGCGAACCGGCCAUAUGAUGAAGCCAAGCUCCAGGAGUACACCCAAACCAUACUACGGAUGUUUGACUUGAAUGGGGAUGGCAAGUUGGGCCUCUCGGAGAUGUCCCGACUCUUGCCUGUACAGGAAAACUUCCUGCUUAAGUUUCAGGGCAUGAAGCUGACCUCAGAGGAGUUCAAUGCCAUCUUCACGUUUUACGACAAGGACGGAAGUGGCUACAUUGAUGAGAAUGAGCUGGAUGCCCUUUUGAAGGAUCUGUAUGAGAAAAACAAGAAGGAAAUGAAUAUCCAACAGCUCACCAGCUACAGAAAGAGUGUCAUGUCCUUGGCCGAGGCGGGGAAGCUGUACCGCAAGGACCUGGAAAUUGUGCUCUGCAGUGAGCCCCCCAUGUAA